AUGAAAGCAAGGAGGGAAUUCUCUAAUGGCAACCCUGGGGCUCCUGGCACCGAAGGUCACAGAGUCAAAAGACGAAGAUUUACCCCCGCCGUGCACUGCAAAGCUGCCUUCCACUGGGUCAACCCCCUGUCCAUGAGGUACCUGCGCAACAGACGCGCGCACCACAUCAACAUAGUGAAGGCCGAGUUUUGCGAGGAAGAGGUAGUGUGGAGGAACUAUUACAGUGCCAAGGGAAAGGUUAACCGCCAGGCCAGAGUUCUUGAGAUGCGGACCCCGCCGCUGCCCCUUGAGGCCGAGCUGGAGGAGGUGGAGGUGGUGAGGAGGAGCUACCACAAUGCCAAGGCGAAGAACAACCGCAAGGCCCAGGUCCUGGAGGCGCCCUGCAGUCCGACCAGCCCGUCGCCGGUCUCCUCCGAGGACGAGCAGUCGGGGGAGGAGAACGCGGAGGAACCCAAAGCCAAGCAGGGAGAAGGGGCCUCUCAGACAGAAGAAAAACCCGAUGACGGUCUGGACACAAGCAUCGCCGAGGACAAGGGCGUCUCGGAGGCGGCUGAGCAGGUCGAGAAGUUGGAGUUGGAGGAGGGCGAGCCGGAGAGUGUAACGGAGAGGCUGUGAGGGCAAGAUUCGUUGCCUUCUAUUCAGUAUUGUGAGAGAUUAAUUGGUAGACCAUUCUCGUCCGUGAUGUAAUGAGAUUAUAAUGUAGACCGAUGUGCUUUAACCAGGUUUGAUGUCUCUUUGGAACAAUGGCAGUUACCUGCAUUUUUUUUAUUUAAUGAUUUCAGUGAUUUGCCAGGAUAGGGAAAGAAGUUUAAUGUGACAACAGUUUUAAAGAUGUCACAGGAGUACUUUGUAAAUUAUCACUAUAACAUUGUAACUUCCAAGAUGUAUUAGUGAUAGCCAUCUCAGAAUUACAAAAUCUGAACAUUCAAAUAUACUAGUCUUGACAUAAUUCAAAAACUGAUUUGCAUUCCUAAGUGGUGCUGCCUGUGCCUCCAGUGCAUUAGUAGGUAACUGUUAUCAUAUAAGUGGGUAUUGUGGGAGAAAACAUCUCAGUGUAUAUUUGAGACCGAGAGAGAGAGAGAGAGCGAGCGAGAACUAGAACGAUAGCGAGAGAGAGAGAGAACAGAAAUGUAGUUGUGCACAUAGCAGUUUUUAUUUUUUAAAAAUGGUUUGAUUGUUCUGUUCUGUUAUUGAUAUUACUGUUUCACAUAAAUACACGACUCUCAAGUUAUAUUCAUAAGUAUGUAACCUAAAAUAAGGAUUAAUUUAAUAAUUUUUCACAUGUACAACUGAUAUUUUAGUUGUUUUUUAAGAAAUUAAGUAACAUUAGUUUGUAACUGCCAAUUACAAAGUAUUUAAUUAAGUCAUUAAGGCGGUUUCAUCCAGUCCGUUUGAUAAAAGCUUGAUAUUAAAACAAUUUACCAAGUCAUAAGUUAAGUAGCCAUAAGUGCUAAGCUAAAGUGCAUAACUAUGCCAAAAGUAUGCAUCAGAUUCCUGGUAGAUUAUUUAUGCAUAAUAAUUGUAGUAUUAUUCCUAUCACUUUUUGUGAUUGGAUAGUGAAUUGAAGUUUUCAACAUGAAUGCAUCCUAAUCACACUCACACUCACACCCUCACUUACACUCACACUCACACCACACUCACACUCACACUCACACUCACACUC